ACGCGGUUGUUAUUAUUCAGGACGGAGACAUCCUUGACUUUGAUAUAACGUUUAAAGUCAGGGGAGCCUCAAAGCGACGCGCGGAGAUGUGCGCAGACGCAGCGCUCAGUCUGCCCUGCUUUUCAAGACAAGCCGUCGGCUUACGGACCAGACGCACCAGGGACCGGGCUCGGGGUUGUCUGUCUCUCUCUCGGGGAAAUUGGAGCUUUUGUCGCUGAGAGGGAGAGGAAAUCUCCUCGGAUGGACCCUACAGCGACACAGUCGGGGUCUGUCGCAACUGUCAGCCUUGGGGUUUGCUGUGUUUGUGUUCUGACAAAUUGCAGUCACACGGCUAGAAAGAAAACAGCACAUCUAGGCACUUUCUUUGUUGACUUUGUCAUGACACAGCCACUAAUUUCAGUGUGUCUUAGCGUAAUUUUAUGCGACCGAACCAACUAAAGUGGUGCAUAACCGUGAAGUUAAUUGAGUUCUGUCCUUUUUACACUGAUACCAGGAAUGGAAGGAGCAUAAAGAUACGGACUGGAGCUAGAUUCCCCACUCUUGCACUCCAGACAUCUGACCUAACAGCAUAAUGGUGGCAGUGUCAUGAUGUGGGAAACCUUGGCAGAGAGUAAGAUGAAGCUAAAUGCUAAAGAAAACCUGCUAAAGAAAACUUUCCAGCAGGGCAGUGGCCUAAAGCCUACAGUGAGAGAUACAAAGACCAUCAUGGAAGGCAAUGACAAUGUGCGUCUGAACGCAGCGCAGCCGCAGAAUGAUGCUGAGGAGGGAAGAGGGGAAGUCGUUGGUAAAGCGGAAGACGGAGCAAACCCUCUCCCCGGUGACUCUUGUGAUGGCAGCGUGACCAAAGGAGGGCUCUCUAACCAUGUAGACGAUACUUCGCCAUCGGUGGUCAGUCCCGCCGCAGAGUCUCCUGGAGGAGUGGCCCUGAAAGUGGCCACCACCGUUCUCCACCCGGUGUGUCUGGGAGAGAGUCCACUGAUGCUGCCCAUCCACCUCCAGAUGGCCGGAGCGGCCGCGCCUCAGCUUGGACAAAUAGGGGCGGCGCCAUUUUUGAUAGCAGGCCAAAGCCCGGUGUCACUCCCAUUGGUCCUGGACCAGCAGGUUAUCCAGCACAUGAGUCCCACCAUCAUCCCUCAAACCACCACCUGUGCGCAGCUGCCCCUCCAGAACAAUGUCCUGUGUCAGAAUCCUCUGUCGUUUGGUUUGCCUCCCGCUAUCGAUCCGAAGGCAGCUGGACAGACACAGGAAGCCAACCUGCUGUCCCUCCUGCAAAAUCCGGCUUUUGCAGCCAUCCUGCAGGAUCUUUUUCCUCCCCAGGCAGGAUCUUCUGCCUGUCAGUCCCCAGGCUCUGCCUUUUUCCCCAUUCCUCCUCUCACAUCUCCCUACACCUCCCCUUUGGCUCCUCUGGUUCCACCUGCCACUCUGUUAGUCCCCUAUCCCGUGAUCAUUCCCCUCCCAGUGCCUCUGCCCAUCCCUCUCCCCAUUCCGAUCCCCAUUGCUCAAAGCGAGGACUCAAAAGGGAGCAUGCCAAAACCAGUUUGCACUGUGAAUAAAAGCACUCAGACGUCACCAAGAGAUACUACCUCGCCCUCUUUAUCUUCUAAGAAGUGCACGCCUCAUCCCCAGCCACAGAAUGCGUCCCUGUCCUCACCGCCUCCAGAGGAAGGACAAGUCCUGGACCUCUCCGUCAGGGUGUGCCCGAUCGAACCAAAACAGGAAUCUCCCAGUCCUCACCAGGACAACGUGCUUGAUCUGUCCGUGCCCGGCGUCAGGAAAAAGUGUGUCCAGUCAGAGAGGAAAGUAGCUUUAGAGUCUGGCCAAGGCGCCACCAAUGCCACGUUGUCACUGGGUGUCGAAUGCACUCCAGGUAUAGAUUCCAAACUCCUGGGCAGCUUGACCUCGCUGGAGUUCAGCCGGCAACACAAGUGGCUGGUUGACACCGGUGUCGCUGGAUCCAGCUCUCUGAGCCAAGAGGCGUCUCUUGGCGGAGCCGGGAACCUUGAGAUAGUCAGCACGUCGCAGACGGCCAAGGUCAUCGUCUCUGUGAAGGACGCAAUUCCUGCCAUCUUGUGUGGGAAAAUCAAAGGCCUUUCAGGGGUCUCCACCAAGAACUUCUCCAUCAAACGGGAUGGCAGCCAGGGGGCCUCCCUUCAGCAACUCUACGCCAUGCCGUCAUCGUCUCACGGGGAGCAAGACCCCAACAACCCCCAUAAAAAGGUCACUAAAAACAGAGCCAUCAAGCUAAAGAAGGUCAGCUCCCAGGAGAUCCACUUCCUCCCAAUUAAGAAGCAGAGACUUGCUGCGCUGCUGCCUAGGAAGUGAGAAGGCUCCCAGGAGGGAGGAGAGGGGAGAUUAAUGGCUGCCUGGCUCCACCAUCUCCCCUGAUGGUAUAAUAUAACACUCACAUGAGGGGCAUUCUGCACUGAGAAUCAAACAUUCAUCUGUCCAAUCAGAAAGCAAAGCUCUGAGUGAGAUAUUAAAUUUCUCUGAACUGCUGUGUUUUUUCUUUAGUAAUGUGUGAGAAUACGUUGUGUUAUUAUAUUAAAAUGUGUUGUGUAUGGCAGCUUCACGCACUCAUUUUGUGUGUCUCAGUAAACGGGAGACGUCGAUUUUGUAACAUCUCACAUAAACCCAAAUAAUCCCUUUCAGGCACGGCAAAGAGGCACGGCUCCCAUUCCUCCGUCCAAGCUUUCUGUUCCACAUGUACGUUUUUCAUGGAAUUGCACUGAAAACCUGAAGGGGAAAAAAGUGUAUACUGGGUUGACCGAGACUGUUCAAACAUGUCACUGGAAACUCCCACGAAGCGCUCCUUCCUGGUUGGUCGGGGUGAUUUAGCACGACGGGCUAAUGACGACUUAGCAAAGACGGCAGCCAUAAAUUCGUCGGACAAAUCCUGCCAACAGCUGACAGUCGCAAAGCAAAAUGGCUUCUUAUUUUCCUGAAAAGCAAAGACUUUUGUAAUGGUUUUCACUUUUAAUCCGCGAGUUGAUCGGUAUGUAGGGAAAACUAAGAGCUGCUUUUGUUGUGUCACGAUGCCUUGCGAACGUAUUUUAGUUGUUUUGUUUUUUUUCCACAUUUUGUCCGAUUGUCACCACAAACUAAAGUUUGUUUUAUUGGGAUUUUAUGUGACCAAUCAACACAAAACAGCUCACAGCUGUAAAUUGAAAGGAAAGUAAUAUUCCUAAAAUAACAGCCAUUUUUUUUGCUAGGGGAUUUUGGCAACAAAAUAUUUUUUAAAAAUUAAAAGGUUUCUUUUGAAAUGAUAAUAAAAGUUAAAUAAAUUGACUUUAGGUGAUGAUACAUUUUACAAUUGAAAAAAAAAUCGGAAAAUUGUGGCAUGCAGAUAUCUUAGGUCACAACUUGUUUGAAAGCCUUUAACCCUUUUUUGUCCCCAGUUUUUGCCUCUAAUAAUCUUUAUUUGUCUCCCUGUUAACCUCUGACCUGCUUCCCAAUCACAUCACCACAUCAUGAUGCUGCCACCACCACGUUUUAUGGUGGGGGAUGUAUGUUCAGAGUGAUUGGAACUCAGUAUAUAUUUGUUCAAAAAAAAAAAGAUAAUCACAAUGUGAAUUUUCCUUUCAUUUCACAAUUUUGUAUUUAUUUGUGUUGGUUUAUCUAAUAAAAUCCCACUAGAAACAAAUCAAAGAUUGCAGUUUUAACUUGAUAAAAUGCGGAACAUUUCAAGGAGUUUGAAUACGUUGCAGGUUCUGUAGCCAAAGCUGAUAAAAUGCCUCACAGCACACCUGUGAAAGCCUGUAACACCUUACUGUUUGUUAACUUAUUAACAUUUAUUUUACCUCCACAGUACGGAAAGUAUUUCCUUUACAUUAGUGGAGAAAGACAAAAAAAAAAUAUUGUAUGCGUUUGUUUUGUAUGUGACUCGUCCAUUAUUCGUAUUGAUCUGACAACAUCCUGCUUUCUUUUACCAAACAUGUUGUGUAAAAGUAGCUGUUUUUUUUUUUUUUUUGUCCCUGUUGCUUUUUUUGCUGUCGUUUCUCUCAGUGGUCAGGACCAGAGUUGUGAAUGUGGAGCGUGUCGUCGAUUUGAGUGCACUUUGGAAUAGUUUUUAGUUGAAAAAACUCCCCCGGCCGCUCCGCCGAAACGUCACCCUCGUCGUUUAUGAUGAGUUCAAGGGGUUGUGUGAAAUGGACGAGCAGUAGGCCAAGCGCUAACAGCAGCCACAUGCAGACUGUCUGGAUGAGCCGGGAUGGAAAAUACCUGGAAGCUCCGCGUUUAUUCCGUCUCUCUAUAUUUAUGCCUCCGCUCCUCAGCGAUCCCAGAAUAUCUGACGCCUGUGCUCCUCUCCAGAAGAGUGCGGCUUUGAAAUAAUCACUUUACAUGGACUGGAUCUACAUCUAAUUUAUGAUUUGUGCACCUUUUUUAUUUAUGCAAAUGUGUGUGUGUUGUUUUUUUGUUUGUUUUGUUUUUCAAUGGUCAAACCAGGAGACCAGAAGUGAGGGAUUAUCAACAGCAUUAUUAUGUCAGUCUGUCUACUUCUCCUCAUGGCUGCAGUUUAAACAAAUAAUUAAGGUGAAGAAUCAAAUGUGGAAAUGUGUAUUUAAUUAUUUGCUAUGUGUCGUGUGUGUGUGUGUGUGUGUGUGAGCUUUUUUUUAUAUGAGAGCAAACUAAAUUUUUCAAGCCCA